GCCUGAAUGUAGGGGUUUGAAGAGGUAAAACCUGGCAACCCACAGCUAAUUAGCAAAGCUAGACAACGGCUGUAGCGGCAUAGCAGCUAGCUAAUGCUGUGUUCGUUUGCACAGUCAACAAAACAGCCGUGUUACAUAUUCACUAUCCUUCAGGAUUAUGUCGACAAGUGACAACGACUCGGUGGACUUGAGCAGAGCAGGUUCCCCAGUUCACCAUAGAAAAAAACAUAGCAUGGAGUCAUCCAGAUCUCCCAGAAGCUCCAAACACCACCAUUCACGGUCAAGGUCACGCUCCAGGGACCGAAAACGUGACAGAAAAUACAGACGGAGUCGCAGCAGGAGCAAAGAGGCACGAAAGAGAGACUCCCAGAAGCCAUCCAAAUCACAUAGAAAAACAGAUGAGCAUGACGAGCCAGAGAGACUUUCAGUAGACUAUGGAGAGGAGCGAUCCAGACGCAAAGAUGGGAGGUCUUCCAGGGGCCGGAGCUUGUCCAGGUCACACUCGCGCGAGAGACGGCAUCACAGCAGAAGUAGAGACAAACGACGCUCACGAUCGCGCAGCCGGGACAGGAAGAAGAAGGCGAAGUCACGCUCAGGUUCAAGGACCAAACACCGUCAUCAUAGCAGAAGUCGCAGUAAGAGCAGAGAGCGAAAGAAAAGGAGUGAGAAAGUGCGCAGAAAGAGUCGAAGCAGGUCUGUUAAUUCCCCUGCCUUCCGGGGCCGAAACACAGCUAUGGAUGCACAAGAGGCCCUGGCCAGAAGGCAAGGCAACAGCUUACAGGCCAUUUACAAUAUGCAGCUGGAGAGAGCCAAGAAACUACAGGAGCAGAAAGAGAAGGAAAUGUUUGAGAAACAGCAGCAGCAGCAGCAGGAGAUAGCUGCAGCGGCUGCCCCUAUUGCAGCAGUAGCUGCUGCUGCAGCGGCAGCAUCGAACCCUGGCCUCAAUGUGGCAGCGCUCCUGGCCUCUGGGACGCAGGUCACGCCGCAGAUUGCUAUGGCAGCACAAAUGGCAGCUCUUCAAGCAAAAACACUGGCAGAGACCGGUAUUGCUGUGCCCAGCUACUAUAACCCAUCCUCUGUAAACCCCAUGAAGUUUGCAGAACAGGAGAAAAAGAGGAAAAUGCUUUGGCAGGGAAAGAAAGAUGGGGACAAGUCCCAGACAGCUGAGUUGUGGGAGAAGCUUAACUUUGGAAACAAGGACCAAAAUGUGAAAUUUCGUAAACUAAUGGGUAUUAAAGGAGAUGAUGAGGCCGAAGCGUCCAAACCAAUUAAUGAAGAAGGCAUGAAGACUCUUCAAAAGCAGGAGGAGAUGUUUAGGAACCUUGAUGUUCAGUAUGAGAUGGCUCGGUCUCAGACACACACCCAGAGGGGAAUGGGGCUCGGCUUCUCCUCCUCAUUCUCUCGUGGAAUGGAUUCUAUCUAGUGCCAGACAAUGGACGUCUUUGCCACUCAUCUGCUCAUGUAGGACCACCAAUUCAUCGCCAGCCCUCAAGCUUGCAUGGAUGUUGCUCUGAAUCUGUAAUUUAUUUAUAGACAAACAUCUCACAUAUUGCAGUGUAAAUAGCCGGAUGCUGAGUCUGUCUCAGUGUUUAUUAAUCUGUACAUCUUUGCUAAAGGAUGCAUCAGUUUGACUGGUUGAUACUGGUUUAAAAAUAGAUAUUUGUUUGAAUAAUGUGGUAGCUUUUUUUUAAAACUCAAAUAUAUAUUGAUAUGUGAUUAUUUGAACAUAAACUGAAUAUUAUGUGGUUCAAGUGGAAAUUGUUUACAUCCAUUCAGUGAAAGGCAUCUGAAGUCAAUGUAGCAUUAUUCAGAAUCCCUCGGUUUCAUUUCUCCUGAUUGGGGAAAAACAGUACAGUGGGUUGUAAUACAUAUUGUCUUCAGGCUUGCCAUGGAGAAGAUGUGCUUGAGCAGAGAAAUCACAUUUCAAAUGUUCUUGAAAUAAAUUAGUUUUGUGUUGAA